AUGCUUGCAAGCGUCAUAUUUGUCACGUUUACCAUCGCAGUUUGUGCCUACUUUAUUUUCACACCAACUUCGGGCAAAGUGCCCAGUGGCACACAGUUACCAGAUGGUCCGUCAGGAAAACCCAUCAUCGAUAACCUCCUCGAUAUCCCGCCUCGCCACAGCUGGUUCAAAUUUCCGCAAUGGAGCAAGCAGUAUGGACCUCUCUUCCGACUGGACAUUGCAGGUCGCAAUCACAUCGUCGUAAGCACAGAGGAAAUUGCCAACGACUUAUUACGAGAACGAGGCACCAUCUACAGCGAUCGCGAGCAGUUGCCAAUGGCGGCAAAGCUUUUGAGCGACAAUUUGAGGCCGUUGUUCUUGCCGUACGGGGGGACUUGGCGCAAUGUGCGGAAGUUGAUGCAUAAAUUGACUAAUAUCAGUGUUGCGACGACAUAUGAAACUUUGCAAGAGGAAGAGAGUCUUCGAACGUUUGAGCGCUACUCGGCCGGACUCAUCCUGCGUCUGGCUUACUCGAAGCCGGUCUACACAGGGGAGGAUUCGUUCGUCAAAGGGCACUCGCUGUCCUGCACACAGUGGAAAGAGGAGUCAGCCCUGGAGCACAUCUUGCGGACACGAUUCCUGCUCUGUUGUACUGCCCUCCUUUUUGGCUCCGUUCAAGCGUGA